AGUUAAACAUCUGGAGUUGUUUUACUCCACUCAGUCUUUCACAAACUUGGUGAAGCUGAUGAAGAGCAAAGACAAUAAAAUGUCCUUCAUUGAAGUGGAUGCAGAUUGUGAUUUCUCUUUCCAGAACCUUCCUUAUGGAGUUUUCUCCACGGCUAAUAAUCCCAAACACAGAAUCGGUGUUGCAAUUGGGAAAGAGAUUCUGGACCUGAGUGUUAUAACAUCUCUGUUUGUGGGACCUGUGAUGUCCAGACACCAGGAUGUUUUUGACCAGCCCACACUGAAUGCUUUCAUGGCUCUUGGCUAUGAGGCCUGGAAGGAGACUCGGAGGACUUUACAAGCGUUGCUGUCGGUAAACAACAGCACCCUGAGGGAUGACGUCAGCCUACGGACAAGGGCUUUCGUUCAUCAAAGUGAUGCCACCAUGCACCUUCCUGCAGACAUCGGAGAUUACACUGAUUUCUACUCAUCCAGAGAUCACGCGACAAAUGUUGGCACCAUGUUCCGAGGGAAGGAGAACGCUUUGAUGCCAAACUGGUUGAGACUUCCAGUGGGAUACCACGGCAGAGCGUCAUCGGUUGUAGUUUCAGGAACCCCCAUUCGCCGCCCAAGGGGCCAGAUGAGACCAGAUCAGACAAAGCCUCCGGUCUUCGGCCCUUCCAAGCAGCUGGACAUCGAGCUAGAGAUGGCCUUCUUUGUCGGGGGAGAAAACCACCUGGGGGAGCCCAUUCCCAUUCACAAAGCCCAUGAGCACAUCUUUGGGAUGGUUCUCAUGAAUGACUGGAGUGCCAGAGAUAUUCAGGCUUGGGAAUAUGUUCCCCUUGGGCCUUUCCUUGGGAAGAACUUUGGGACCACCAUCUCACCGUGGGUUGUGCCAAUGGAGGCACUCUUACCUUUUGUAGAGCCAAACCCAAUCCAGGAUCCGGAACCACUUCCAUACCUCCAACAUCAGGAUGCGUACACCUUCAACAUUAAUCUGUUUGUGUCACUGAAAGGAAAGGACAUGGCAAGUGCUGUAAACAUCUGCAGUUCCAACUUCAGGUACAUGUACUGGACCAUGAAGCAGCAGCUGGCCCAUCAUACAGUCAAUGGCUGCAACGUCAGACCAGGGGACCUGCUGGCCUCUGGGACCAUCAGUGGGCCUAACCCAGAGAGCUUUGGCUCCAUGCUGGAAUUGUCCUGGAGAGGAUCUAAGACCAUUGAUCUGGGAGGAGGAAACUCUAGAACGUUUUUGAAUGAUGGAGAUGACAUCACAAUCACAGGUUACUGUGAAGGGAACGGAUCCAGGGUUGGUUUUGGAUCCUGCCAGGGAACCAUCGUCCCAGCUCUGCAACCUUGAGCAGAUCUAUCAGAACUGGAUGGAAGACUUCACUCACACAUCAACAUCUUCAUCACAAACACGGAAGGAAAUAAAGUCGUUUACAACAAA